GCUUAUUUUAUCUGUGGAAAAGGUCAAAAGAAACCCUAAAUCCCCAAAUAAAUGGCGGCUUGAUUUUCCCUCCCAAUUCAAACCUUCUUCUCCACUCCAAUUCUCAUCUUCCCUCCAAAUCGUUUCGAUUCGCUCUCAGAUUUCGAAAAUUUCCCAACUUUUUUGGAGCGAAACUCAAAUUUAUCUUCUUCAAUUACUUACAGAUCGAUUUACGAGAUGCAGAAUUCUCCCAAAACUAAACCCUAGCUUCCACUUCUUCCCCUUUCCUUCAAUUCUUCACAAAAUCCGUUCUCGGUUUUGUUGUUAAUGGCGGAAUUUAGUGACCCACCACCAUCUAAUCUCUCUUCUUCUCAUAAAUUAACUAAACCCAACCAAACCCUAGAUGAGUCUUCACCAACCGCGCCAAUUCGAGACCUUGUUACUAACUCGCUCUCUCUUUCCUCACCGAUUCGUCAGAUUCAAGCCCUUUCUCCGGCAAAACCAGACGGGUCUUCCUCUUCUCCGCCGGACAAAACCCUAAAUUUCAAUCCAGAGGAAAACAGAGAUGUGAACCCAGAUGAGUCUUCCUCUUCUCCGUCAGAUAAAACCCUAAUUGCGCCACCAGCUCAGAUUUCGCCUGUUAGCAACAACAAUCAUCUCCGGAUCACGAACACGUCAGAUUCGUAUCUUUAUCGUCCACCAAGGAGAUACAUCGAGUAUGAAAGCGAUGACGACGAGCUUAAUAAGAUGGAACCAACAAAACCUCUACAGUUAUCAUGGUGGUAUCCGAGGAUUGAACCCACCGGUGUUGGGGCUGGGCUAUAUAAUUCAGGCAACACUUGUUUCAUAGCUUCUGUGUUACAGUGCUUCACUCAUACUGUGCCUCUUAUCGAUAGUCUUCGUUCAUUCAUGUAUGGAAACCCUUGCAACUGUGGAAAUGAGAAGUUCUGUGUAAUGCAAGCUCUUCGAGAUCAUAUUGAGCUUGCUCUGAGGUCUUCAGGAUAUGGAAUAAACAUUGAUAGAUUUCGUGAUAACUUGACUUAUUUUUCAUCUGAUUUUAUGAUAAACCACCAAGAAGAUGCACACGAGUUUCUACAAUCAUUUCUGGAUAAGUUAGAGAGAUGUUGUUUAGAUCCUAAGAAUCAGCUUGGCUCUGUCUCAUCUCAAGAUUUGAACAUUGUUGACAAUGUCUUUGGUGGCGGUCUCAUGAGUACGCUUUGUUGUUGCAAUUGUAAUUCUGUUUCCAACACGUUUGAACCUUCUCUUGGAUGGAGUCUGGAAAUAGAAGAUGUUAAUACCCUCUGGAAAGCUCUAGAAUCCUUUACAUGUGUCGAAAAACUUGAGGACCAGUUAACAUGUGAUAACUGUAAGGAGAAAGUCACAAAGGAGAAGCAACUUAGGUUCGAUAAGUUGCCGCCGGUUGCUACAUUCCAUCUUAAGAGGUUUACUAAUGAUGGAGUUACUAUGGAGAAGAUCUUCGAUCAUAUUGAGUUCCCUUUGGAGUUGGAUUUGUCCCCUUUCAUGAGCAGUAACCAUGAUCCUGAGGUUUCCACAAGAUAUCAUCUUUAUGCCUUUGUGGAGCAUAUUGGGAUUAGAGCAACCUUUGGUCAUUAUUCCUCUUAUGUGAGAUCAGCUCCUGAGACAUGGCAUAAUUUUGAUGACUCCAAGGUCACGAGAAUCAGCGAAGAGAGAGUUCUAUCCCGUCCUGCUUAUAUAUUGUUUUAUGCAAGAGAAGGAACUCCUUGGUUUUCCAGUACUUUUGAACAGUUGAAGACAGUGUUUGAAGCUACUCCGUUACAUUUUUCACCAGUAUCUGUGCUUGAUAACAGUUACGAGAGUGUUGAUAAUUCCAGUAAAGCCUGCAACGACUCAGUGGGAGUAUCGAUCCCUGAUGUAAAAUGGCCAGAUUCUUGCUGUCAAGAGCCAAAAGAGGAAGUGUUCCAUUCAGCCGAGUCUAGCAACAAUGAAGAUUCUUCGGCCAUGAUUGAUGCUCUCGGGUCACCUCAAUCUGAGAAACCAUUUGCUGAAACCUCCCAACAGACAGAGCCUGAGUCAUGUCCAACUGAAAACAAAGCUUACAUCGAUAAAUCUGAGAAGCCAUUUGCUGAGACCUCUCAACCGAAAGAACCUAAGCCAUUUGCUGACAGAGCUAGCAUCGAUGCCCCUCUGCUCAAGGUUCAGAAUCAAGACAUAUCUCCAAAACGCAAAGCUGGUGAGAGAGCUACGCUCGGUGGACCUAAGCUCAAGUAUCAAAAACCAAAUUCCCAUCAGAAACGCCAAGGAACCUUUCAGAUUCAACGUGCGCAUUUGCAAACUAAGAAGCAAGAAGAAUCUCGUAAAACAAAGCGGCCGUUGUUUAGAAGCAAUGUUGCUGCUUCUGCUCCAGAUCCUAAGUACAAAAAUCAUGCUCUUUCAUAUCUCAACAGGGCCCAGACACCUCGCGCUCGAAAGCUCGCUAAUGCUUUGAGUGAUUCUCCGACCAAGAAAAAGAAAAGCUCUAACAUGAGAAGAUCUAUUAAACUUUGAAGAGUUAGCUAUUAGAAAAUGAAAAGUUGUCCUUUAGUUUUUGUGUUUGGGGUUUUCUUGUGAAUACAAACUCUGAUCAAUUUUGUUUUGAGACUCCAACCAACAAUUCUUUAGGUUAUAUAUGAUUAUUUUUCUUUUG